AUGCCAGAUGGUGACUUGGUCAGGCUGAUCGCCGCAUCCAAUGGCAUCGCUGCCACAACUCUCAAUGGCACAGCACAUCAACCGACAGACGUGCAGAUGUCACCUCCUGUGGAACCUCCCCAGUCCAAUCAGACUGGCUCACCAGCGUGUCUCAAGGCUGAGUCUCAGCACAUUCUGGUAUCUGUCCCACUCAGUAGUUACCACAUCCCUAUGAACGGCUAUGCCACCCUGCCUAAUGGCACCGUCAUGCAGUGCCCUUUUGACCGAGUCGCAUUUACCCAAGUGUCUCUUGACCGAGUGUCUUUUGACCAAGUCAUAUUUGACUGA